AUUAUCUGGGUUAUGCAAAAUGACGUUUGUGUCUGUUCAUUACUGAAUGGAUUAGAGAAGAGAAACUCACAAAGACGAGGUGGACACAGCAGGGCGAGUACAACAGUUAUUAUUUUAAUGCUAAAUAUGUCUUGUUUUACUUCCUUUCCUUUUUCUUCUUCAAAUUUCAAAUAACAAUCCAUGAAGCCACUUUGACUUUUGUGUUAGCAUGAGUCUCCUUUAACAGUAAAUGGUUAAAUCAUAAAUUGUGUGCGUUAUUGAAAAGAAAUAUAAGUGAUUGUACUGUGAACAAUUGUGAACAACUAUCAUUUUGUAAUAGUAAAAAUGAGGGAGACAAUCUGCUUUUUAAAAACAUAUGUGGAUAUUUUUUAUAUUGUUUUGUUGGGCAAAACUGAAAAAAUAAAAUGUUUUCAAAUCAUUUGGUUUAUAAAUUGGUAUUAACUUUCAGAUUUGAGUAUCUGUUUCCUAUAUUUGUUUAAUUUCACUAUUGGAAAAAUCCUCUAUGUAAAAGCUUUUAAAUUAGAAUCAGCCAACAUAAGCAGACUGAAUUUAUCAGGCAUGCUUUUUUUCUUUCUUUCUUUGUCUGUUUUGCUCAAAUCUAUGACAAAAGAUUUCUUAGUCUCCAACCAUGUGGUAUUUACCUUUUAUCACAUUUCAAGAACUAGUAGUUGGUAGGCUUGAAUAACCUUAACUCCAAUCUUUACAUAUUGAAAACCAUACAUGUUUGUGCAUUUAAUAUGAGUAGUGAGGUUGCAGUUUCAUUAUCUGCAAAUGAAGAUUUGGCUGAAUGCCUGUAAUGUGUCAUGAUCUGAUCAAUCAUUGUUUGAAUUCACAAUCUGUUUUCUUUCGCAGAACUGACAGCAUUAAAGACAGCAUUAUGGACUUAGGCUUUUUCACAGACGAAAAGUUGUUUAAUUUUUUUUGCCAAAACAAGACAAAGAUGUCUACAUUAGAGAGCCCACUAAUGUUCCUCCGCACUCUUAAGGACAAUGAACUCAUUGAAGAUGAACUUUAUCAAAAACUGGAGGUCAGCACUAAUGAUAGUGAUUUAUAUAAUGUGUUGGAGAGUAUUCAAAAGCGUGGAAUGAACACUGUUAGAAAGUUCUGGAAUUGUGUGGACCAAGAGCAUAUAGUACAGCGCUACCCACAAGUCUCUGAAAUCAUCUCGGAGCUGAUGAAAGAUCUUGAGAAUCCACUAAACCAAAAAAUAAGGCCAAGAUCUGUAGAUAAAAGCACGGGACAGGAAAGAGAGAUUAAAAAGAUAAAGAUAGAGAGCAUAUCUGAGAGAAAUGAAGCUGGGCCGUCGUCACAAAGCACUUAUAGCCAGAGGAAAAUAGCUGAACAUGUGGAAAGAGGUCUGCAAUGCUCUCCAGACUCCAGGACAGAAGACUCAAGUUUUUUAUUAUCAACCUCUUCGGUAAAGCUCUGGGACAUGCCUGAACACAAGAAAUGGCUUCCUGUCACAUGUGGAGAAGAAGAGGCCUUACUGGAUAGAGAAGCACUGUUUGAGAGAAAGAAGAAUUGCAUUGAACACAAUGGAGAAAUGAUCACUCCUUUUACAUUUGAGGAAAGGGGUGGAAAAGAAUCCUGUAAGUCCUGGAAAACAAGUAUAUUAUGCCAAGGGAAAACCCUCAGCAGUCUCAUGGAGUUGGAAAUAUUGAAGAUGCCGAAACGUAAGGGAAAGUUUACCCUUCGUAAUUGAUGUACCACGCAUUGUUUAUUGAGCUCGGAGUGAAUCUUUAUGACCUGUGAAUUUUGGAGACCAAAUUUUCUUCCAUUUUGAGCUACAGCAGGUCUUCAAGACUUGACCUUUUGGAUUUGUGCUGACCUCUUUGUAGCCAUUACUAUUUUUUGCCUUUUCAUUUGCCUAUUUGUCCUUCAACCAACAGAUGUAAUUCAAGAACUUAAUGUACACUUGCUGCCUGAAUUAUCGUACUUUCUCUUUUUCCUUCACUUUUGUCAAUUGGUGAAGUUUGUCUCUCACCACGGUCACCACUGGCUUGCUUGGUUUGGGAUAUGUGGAGCUAUGUAAUGGUGGAGUUACUUUUCAGUCUUGGCUUUGUUUUGGAUUUCAGCAGUGAUAUUUACAUUACACUAAACUUCAACUGUGAAAACUGUACUGCAGGAGUUUUAAUUUAUUAGAACCGCAUCUAUGUGAAAACUGCUUUCACACAAUCUACAUUGUAAAAAGCAAUAUCAAAAUAAAGAUUAUUUUAAUUGAA